UGUAUGUAUAGACUCUGUGUGUGUGUGUGUAGACAGUGCAUGUGUGUGUGGCGUCACAACAGCCACCUGGCACCAUCCCCUCAGCCAGCAGCAUAAAGAGCUGGCGUGUGCCUGAGGGGCACGGGCCCACGUGACUCCCUCUCUCCGCCGACGGUCCCGGGGGGACAGACACUUUGUUCAGGAUGCUGCUGUUGUUCCCAUUGUGAAGUGAAAGCCAAACCCAGCAGUUUCUUUAGUCACCAGCUGGAGCUGAGAGGCUGUGAGCGGCUUGUGGGGCUCCCUCCGCACGGCCUCCAUGCCGUGGGUCUGGCAGCGAGACAGGGAGCCCCGGGAGGCUCUUUUGGGGGGAACCAACGAUGAAUGUCUGUCUCCGGUCGGCAUGAGGAUGCGGCAGUGACUGGGGCAUCGCACGCCCACAGACCCUCUGACGAUGAAUGGGAUGGCCAAUGUGAACGUGACCGGCCGGAGCCAUUAUGCGUCUGCUAUCCCAGUGCCACGUGCUGUGUCCCAGAGCAAGCUGCCCCCGAGGCAGAGCAGCCUGGGGGCCCCCCCUUCCCAGCGGGCAGCGUCACCACGACUGGGAAAAGCGCCAGGCUGCAUUAGUGGCCCAGCAGCCAAAGGCUCCAAGCUGAAGAGCCUUUCCAGAGCCCCCGUGGAGGCCGGGCCUGGGCCAGAGACAGCAGAGCCAUUGGAGUGCAAAAGGGCCGAUGGGGUGGAGUCUGGCCUCAGCCAGAGCACUAGGACUCCAGGCAGCAGCCCCCGGGGGGGCCCGAAGGCGAUGCCUCGAGCGACGGGGGCUCCUAAGAAGGCUCUGGUUCAAGGGACAGAGAGAGAAAAGGAGAGUCUGAAGCCCGGAGAGGCCUAUAGCAGCCACGGCGCCAAGAAGGGAUUGGGGAAGCCGAGUGGCACUGCUGAGCUGGCCAAGACCCCUCAGCUGCAGGGGAAGAGCCCAUCCCGCUUCAGCCUGUGCAGUGAGUCUGGGCUGCCCAGCACCCCUGAAGGAUCCAGUGCCAAGAGACCCCAGAGCUGCCCAGUGAAAGGCCAGUGGGUAUCGGAAGCCCUCUGCAAAGGCAGUGGGGUGCCCAAGGCAGCCAAGGGCGAGGACAAGUCCCCAGGGAUCUCACUGGGCACCAGCAGCCCCAUGCAGAAUAAGGAGCCGGCCAUCAGCUUCUCCUCAGUCCCACAGCAAAGUCACCCGGUCACUGCCACCGUGGCACCCUUUCACUACCGGCUGCAGGGAGACACGGAGAAAAGUGAAUUCUCCCAGGAGGAGCGCACGUGUGAGGAACCGACCAGCCCUGCAGAUGUGCCUGGACUGGGCUUCCCAGGCUUGGCAGCCGGCGUGUUAAAUGGUUUCAGCGCAGGCGGGAUGCUUGGCACCAACCUCAAAAGCCUGGAGCUCAGCGGCGAGGGGCCGGAGGAGCUGAAGGGCUACCGGAAAGGGGCCGAGGGCAAGGGCGGCAGCAUGAUGCCCAAGCGGCCCAAAGCGCCCGAGCUGCGGGUCUUCAAGUCGGGCAGCGUGGAGAGCCGGCUGCCGCCCGGCCCCAGCCUGCGCAAGCAGAAGUCCCUCACCAACCUGGCCUUCCUCACCGACGCCGAGAAGAAGAUGCAGCUCUACGAGCCCCGCUGGAGCGACGACAUGGCCAAGGCGGCCAAGGGCAGCGGGCGCGGGGGGCUGAAAGCCAAGGAAGCCCCGCUCAUGUCCAAGAGCCUCUCCAAGUCGGAGCACUCCCUCUUCCAAGCCAGGCUCGCCCCCGGCCUGGCCAAGCCGCCGCUGGCCCCGCUCCCGUCCAGCCUCGGCAAGCCCAGCCGCAUCCCCCGCGGGCCCUACGCCGAGGUGAAGCCCCUGAGCAAGGCGCCCGAGGCCGACGGGGCGGAGGACAGCAAAUCCGACGACGAGCUCCUCUCCAGCAAAGCCAAGGGCCGGGAGAAGCCGCAGCAGCAGCCGGCGCCGGCGCCCGGCCCGGCGGGGAAGGGGCAGGAGGAGCGAGCCUACCUGAAGGUGGACCCGGAGCUCGUGGUGACGGUGCUGGGGGACCUGGAGCAGCUGCUCUUCAGCCAGAUGCUGGACCCCGAGUCUCAGAGGAAGAGGACAGUGCAGAAUGUGCUGGACCUUCGGCAGAAUCUGGAGGAGACCAUGUCCAGCCUGAGAGGCUCCCAGGUAUCUCACAGCUCUUUGGAGAUGACCUGCUACGACAGCGACGAAGCCAACCCCAGGAGCGUGUCCAGCCUGUCCAACCGCUCCUCCCCCGUGUCCUGGCGCUACGGUCAAUCCAGCCCCCGGCUGCAGGCCGGGGACGCUCCCUCAGUGGGUGGGAGUUGCCGGUCGGAAGGUACCCCCAGCUGGUACAUGCACAGCGAGCGGGCGCACUAUUCCCAUACCAUGCCCAUGCGCAGCCCCAGCAAGCUGAGCCACAUCUCCCGGCUGGAGCUCGUCGAGUCGCUGGACACCGACGACGUGGAUCUGAAGUCCGGGUACAUGAGCGACAGCGACCUGAUGGGGAAGACCCUGACGGAGGACGACGACAUCACCACGGGCUGGGAUGAGAGCAGCUCCAUCAGCAGCGGCCUCAGCGAUGCCUCUGACAACCUCAGCUCAGAAGAGUUCAACGCCAGCUCCUCCCUCAACUCCCUCCCGUCCAGCCCCACGGCUUCCCGGCGGAACUCGGCCAUAGCGCUGCGCACGGACUCGGAGAAGCGCUCGUUGGCCGAGAGCGGGCUGAGCUGGUACAGCGAGGCGGAGGAGAAGGGCCCGAAGAAGCUGGACUACGACAGCGGCAGCCUCAAGAUGGAGCACGGCGCCUCCAAGUGGCGGCGGGAGCGGGCCGAGAGCUGCGACGAGGCCCCUGCCAAGGGUGGGGAGCUGAAGAAGCCUGUCAGCCUGGGCCCGCCGGGGUCCCUGAAGAAGGGCAAGACACCCCCCGUGGCAGUGACCUCGCCCAUCACCCACACAGCCCAGAGCACCCUCAAAGUGGCAGGCAAACCUGAAGCUAAAGCUGACAAGAGCAAGCUGUCUGUGAAGAACGCAGGCCUGCAGCGCUCUUCCUCUGAUGCUGGCCGGGAUCGGAUCGGGGAUGCCAAGAAACCUCCCUCGGGGCUCGCCCGGCCCUCUACCUCCGGCUCCUUUGGCUACAAGAAGCCACCUCCCGCCACCGGCACGGCUACGGUGAUGCAGGCGGGCGGCUCAGCCACGCUCGGCAAGAUCCAGAAGAGCUCCGGCAUCCCUGUCAAGCCUGUCAGUGGGAGGAAAACCAGCCUGGAUGUCUCCAAUGGGGAGCCUGGCUUUUUGGCCCCCGGGGCUCGCUCCAACAUCCAGUACCGGAGCCUGCCGCGACCGGCCAAAUCCAGCUCCAUGAGCGUCACAGGUGGGCGUGGCGGGAACCGGCCUGUGAGCAGCAACAUCGACCCCAGCCUCCUAAGCACCAAGCAAGGGGGCAUCUCGGUGUCACGGCUCAAGGAGCCCUCCAAGAUCGGCACGAGCCGGAGCACGCCAGCCCCAGUGAACCAGACGGACCGCGAGAAGGAGAAAGCCAAAGCCAAGGCCGUGGCCCUGGACUCUGAGUGCAUCUCGCUGAAGAGCAUUGGCUCCCCCGAAAGCACCCCCAAGGCCCAAGCCAGCCACUCACCUGCUGCCAUGGCCGAGCUAUCCCCAACGCCGCUCAGGGCGCCCACCAAGAGCUACGUGAAGCCCCCUUCCCUGGCCAACUUGGACAAGGUCAACUCCAACAGCCUGGACCUGCCCUCCUCCAGUGACCUGCCCCAGCCCCACGCCAGCAAGCGGCAGGACCCUGCACCGGCAGCCGGGCACCUCACGCCCUGCUUUGCUCCCAGCCCGGCCCCCAUCCUCAACAUCAAUUCAGCCAGCUUCUCCAGGGCCUGGAGCUCAUGAGCGGCUUCAGUGGUCCCCAAGGAGGGCAGGAUGUACCCCAAGCUCUCGGGCCUGCACCGCAGCAUGGAGUCCCUGCAGAUGCCAAUCAGCCUGCCCAGUGCCUUUUCCGGAGGCAGCGCCACCACCCCUGCCCCUGCUGCCACCCCUCCCGUCAGCACAGAGGAGGAGACCAGCGAGCAGGGCUGGACUGGCAGCCCCAGAGCUGCACAUCUGGACAGGUCACACAACCGCGACCGGAACACACUGCCCAAGAAGGGCCUGAGGUACCAGCUCCAGUCCCAAGAGACCAAGGAGAGGCGCCACUCCCACACGAUCGGCGCUCCGGAAUCGGACGACCCAUCAGAGCUGCCCUCACCUCCCGCCCUCUCCGUGUCCUUGGCCGGGAAAAGCCCACUCACGAAUAUUGUGAGUCCCACCUCUGCAACCACUCCGCGGAUCACCCGUUCCAACAGCAUCCCCACCCACGACUCCGCCUUCGAGCUCUACAGCACCUCCCAGAUGGGCAGCACCCUCUCCCUGGCAGACAGACCCAAGGGCAUGAUCCGCUCGGGCUCCUUCCGGGACCCCGCGGAUGACGUUCACGGAUCAGUGCUGUCCCUGGCCUCCAGCGCCUCCUCCACCUACUCCUCAGCGGAGGAGAGGAUGCAAUCCGAGCAAAUCCGCAAGCUGCGCCGGGAGCUAGAGUCAUCCCAGGAGAAGGUGGCGACCCUGACAUCUCAGCUGUCAGCCAACGCUAACCUGGUGGCGGCCUUCGAGCAGAGCCUGGUGAACAUGACGUCUCGUCUGCGCCAGCUGGCAGAGACCGCGGAAGAGAAGGACACGGAGCUGCUGGACCUGCGGGAGACCAUCGACUUCUUGAAGAAGAAGAACUCGGAGGCCCAAGCCGUGAUCCAAGGAGCUCUGAACGGGACCGACAUCACACCCAAAGAGCUGCGCAUCAAGAGGCAGAACUCCUCCGACAGCAUCUCCAGCCUCAACAGCAUCACCAGCCACUCCAGCAUCGGCAGCGGCAAGGAUGCUGAUGCCAAGAAGAAGAAGAAGAAGAGCUGGCUCCGGAGCUCGUUCAACAAGGCCUUCAGCAUCAAGAAGGGCCCAAAGUCAGCCUCCUCCUACUCAGACAUCGAGGAAAUCGCCACCCCUGACUCCUCAGCCCGUCCUCCUCCCAAGCUGCAGCACGGCUCCACUGAGACCGCCUCGCCCUCCAUCAAGUCCUCCAACUCCUCCUCCGUGGGCAUCGAUGCCACUGAGCUCUUCCAGGCCAACGAGGAGGAGGAAGAGCCGGAGAAGAAGGAGGUGUCAGAACUGCGCUCAGAGCUGUGGGAGAAGGAGAUGAAACUGACUGACAUCCGGCUGGAGGCUCUGAACUCAGCCCACCAGCUGGACCAGCUCCGUGAGACCAUGCACAACAUGCAGCUGGAGGUGGAUCUCCUAAAGGCUGAGAACGACCGGCUCAAAGUGGUCCCAGGGCCUUCAUCAGUCCCAGGCUCCAUCCCCGGGCACCUCAGGAGCACGUCAGCCUCCUUCCCACGGCGCUCACUGGGCCUCGCUCUCGCUCAGUCCUUCAGCCCUGGCUUGGCAGACACAGACCUGUCACCAAUGGACGCCGUGGGGGCCCAGAAGGAUGAAGUGACUAGGAUUGUGGUGCGCAUGCCGCCCCAGCACAUCAUCAAAGGGGACUUGAAGCAGCAGGAAUUCUUCCUGGGCUGCAGCAAGGUGAGCGGGAAGGUGGAUUGGAAGACGCUGGAUGAAGCCGUUUGCCAGGUGUUCAAGGACUACGUCACCAAGAGCCCCGCCUCCACGCUGGGGCUGAGCACUGAGUCCGUGCAUGGUUACAGCAUCAGCCACGUGAAGAUCCUGGACAUGGAGCCCCCGGAGCUGCCCCCCUGCCGGAGGGGCGUGACCAGCAUCGUCGUGGUGCUCAAAGGCCUGAAGGAGAAGUGCGUGGACAGCCUGGUGUUCGAGACGCAUCCCAAGCCCAUGAUGCAGCACUACAUCAGCCUCCUGCUCAAGCACCGGCGCCUCAUCCUCUCGGGGCCCAGUGGCACGGGCAAGACCUACCUGACCAACCGGCUGGCCGAGUACCUGGUGGAGCGCUCAGGCAGGGAGGUCACCGAGGGCAUCGUCAACACCUUCAACAUGCAACAGUCGUCGUGCAAGGACCUACAGCUGUACCUCUCCAACCUGGCCAAUCAGAUCGACCGGGAGACGGGCAGGGACGUGCCAUUGGUCAUCCUCCUUGAUGACCUCAGCGAGGCUGGCUCCAUCAGCGAGCUUGUCAAUGGAGCACUCACCUGCAAAUACCACAAAUGCCCCUACAUCAUUGGGACGACCAACCAGCCCGUGAAGAUGACCCCAAACCAUGGCCUGCAUCUCAGCUUCAGGAUGCUGACGUUCUCCAACAACGUGGAGCCAGCCAAUGGCUUCUUGGUCCGUUACCUGCGCCGGAAGCUGCUUGAGUCGGACAGCGACAUCAAUGCCAACAGGAUGGAGCUGCUGCGGGUGCUGGAUUGGGUGCCCAAGCUCUGGUACCACCUGCACACCUUGGAGAAGCACAGCACCUCAGACUUCCUCAUUGGCCCCUGCUUCUUCCUGUCCUGUCCCAUCGGGAUUGAGGAUUUCCGGACCUGGUUCAUCGACCUGUGGAAUAACUCCAUCAUCCCCUACCUGCAGGAGGGGGCAAAGGAUGGGAUCAAGGUCCAUGGCCAGAAAGCAGCCUGGGAAGACCCCGUGGAGUGGGUCCGGGACACCCUGCCCUGGCCAUCAGCACAGCAGGACCAGUCGAAGCUGUACCACCUGCCCCCACCCAGCGUGGGACCCCACACCAUAGCCUCCCCCCCAGAGGAACGGACUGUCAAAGAUACCACGCCCAGCUCCUUGGACUCCGACCCCCUGAUGGCCAUGUUGCUGAAGCUCCAGGAAGCAGCCAACUACAUCGAAUCCCCGGACCGAGAGUCCCUGGUGGAUCCCAAUCUGCAGCCGACGCCGUGAGGCCUUACCGCACCGGGGAGGGGAGCUCGCCGUCCUUGGCCGCCAGCUGGUUUUGCUUUUCAUUUGGUCUCCUGGGAGUGUGCGGCUGGGGCUGGAAAGCGGCGGGGACGUGAAGCUCUGGCACAUCCCCUUUGGGCAUGGGGGCAGCGGGGCUCGGCCCCCAAGAGAGCGCAAGGCACCUGCCUCCCAGUCUGACUCUGGUUGUAGGAGAAUCCUGGUUUCUCUUCUUGGUUUUUCUGUCUCUGUCGCAAACUCCUCGGGAUUGGGGGCCGAAUGCAGCCAACACAGACUCCCCGGCACCAACAGGCAGGCACCCGCAUGGGGCGGGGACCCUGCGGGACCCCUCUCAGGGUGUGGCGGGGGGGGCAGGGAGGAGCAUGCAGCCCCAGAGCAAGAGGAUUUUUUUAUUUUAAUGAAAUAAUCUACGGGGCAAAGAGAAGAACAAAUUCCUGAUGAACCUGUCUGAGUCGCGCUGUCAGAGACCCACUGGCUUCCGCUGUCUCCCGUGCCAAUCACCCUACAAACUCCAGUGCAAGCGAAGGCCUGGGAGGAGGCGGACACUCAGCUCUGUCUUUGUACGUCACUUAUUUAAUCUGCAUGACCGUCAUUUAAACCAGGACUUCCCAACAAACCCUGUUUUGGUUAGAUUAUUUCCCCCCGCCCCCACCUACCCAUUUGAUUUGGACAGAGUUCAGCUCUUCCUUUGUUCCUCUGGUUCUGAUUAGUUCCUCCCCAUUGCUGCGGCCCGAGGAGGGUCAGGCAGCCUCACAUUGAGUCGAUUCCUUUUUUCCAUUUCCGUUGGACUCGUUUAUUUUUGUAGCUGUUGUUUUUGUCUCCCCCCACCCCCAGUCACCUCGGUGAUGAAAUUGGUGCUGACUGGAUGCUCUCCAGUAACUGAUUUCCCCCCUCACAGCUCCUGUCAGACUCAACGUGGCUUCAGUUGGCAGCACGAUGCUCACAAAGAAGCACAACUGGCUGGGGGGGGUUUCCCUCCCCACCCCCCACUUUGUGACACUCAUCUUCCAUAAGCACAAGAUGCCCGUAGCCGGGGGCCAGGCCCUGACAGUGGGAGCUGAGAGACAGUGCUGCUGCGGCCCCUGGUGGCUGAAGUCCGAGGGAGUAGCCAGAGAUGGUGACAAUCUCCCACCAAGCCAGGAGAGCUGGUAGCGUCCGUCCCCCAUGAGCGUCCCGGCUGGCUAGGGUAGAGAGUGACAGGACAUUGAGACGAGGGUGCUGACAGAGAAUGCCCUGCCUGUGACCAUCUCCACACAUGGUUAGUGCAUGCAGAGCUCUUGCUCCAUGUCCAGCAUAGAGAUCUCAGUAGCUGUUAGGUGGCAUCUAGACAAAGGGUGGGCAGCAUAUGAGCCUCCCUCCUCCAUGCACAGCAGCAAGGGAACCAGGGAAUGAGCCCCUUCCACCUCCCCAGUCAGCGCCCUUGGAGAGCCCUUCCUCGUUUCCCUCCGGCCCCAGGCUGGGAGCGUUGGCGUAGGUCCAUUCAUGCGGUGGGUUCAGUACCGCUGGUGUGCAUUACAUUGCAGGGGUGUCUUGUCUCAAGAGUUCCAAGUUUGAUUUGGAUGGCACCAUCCCACAUCUGUCAUUGAUAGCUUUCUGGACAUCAGAAGGCCAUGAAAUAGCCUGAGAUAACAGCCUAGACAUUCAGGCCAGAGGGAACCAUUCUCAUCUCUGCUCAGCACCUGCAUAGCACAGGCUAGAGGACUCUCCCUGUCCCACUCCCCAUUCUUGCAUCUAGCCCACAGCUUGAGUGUGAUGGCUUAGAAAGAGACACCCAGUCUUGAUUUAAAGGCUCUAAGUUGUGGAGAAUGUACCCUGGCCCUCGGUGACCAUAGGACUUGGUGAUGUGCAGACACGUUCUCUAGGCAACUACUCCCCCAGGGCCAUUCAUAUAUUCAGCCCAGGAGGCCAGUAACUUGUGGCCCGAGAGAAUCUCAGCCCAGGGUGUGCUGUUUCCUAGCAAUCGAGACAGACUAGCACUCGGGUUGAGUCUCUGGCAAGCGGCCUGUGGUCUUGCUUGAAAUCAGCCUGAGUUGCUCAAGCUGAGCUGUGGGUGGAGGCACGUCCCUUCCCCGGAGCAGGAAGCUGCCAAGGGAUCUCCCUUGCCAGGACCACACAGGAGCAGAAGCCCCUGUCUGGGAAGCUGCCCUGCCUCGUGCUGCGGACUGAAUCUGUGCUGCUGUCUGCAAGCUGUGAAGAGCCAGGCAAGACCUGCAAAGAAAUAUGCAACUGUACAGCCAAAGAGGUGGCUGUGGAAUGGGGGACGAACCCAUGGUGCUGCAAUGCUGCCUAUUACCUCUGCCAACGGGGCAGCCUGGAGCGUAUGAGGCAAGGGCACGUAUUGACCAAAUCAUUGGGUACGUGGACUCCAACCCAUGAGCACCAAACAAAGUCAAUAUGAGAAACCAGGGGGGGGCAUGUUUAACCCCGUCUCUGCUGGUGCCUGCGGUGCUCCUGUCCUGCAUAAUAUUCCACUGAUGUGCGUUCAGGGACCGCCAAGGCCCGCAUCUCCAGCGAGCAGGGAGGAAAGCCGAACUGGAAAUGCAGUCCUGGCCCCACCACACUCCUGCUGUGGAAGCUGGGCUCCAACUAGCACCGACCCAGCUCCCCAUGGGCUGGGAUAGGUCGAUCCGUGUCCGGCUCCAUGACUUGGAGGGGUGCCUGCUGCUAACAGAGAUGCAUCCCUGGCCUCUGCCCACUGUGCUCGGGUUUGACGUCACUGCCGUCCAUGAGCUGGGUCUCAUGAGCGUCUGUAAGCAGGCAGUUCUCGACCAGGUCUCUCAGCCUCCAAGGGCCUGUUGGAGCCAAGGACCCUGCUUAUGCUUCCGGGGAUCCAGAGAACCUCACCCAGGGAUUCCUGCUGCCAACCAAAGCUCAUGGUUGGAUUCAAGUGGAUCAUGUAGAGAGAGACUCAGUCAUGAUUUCAAGGCUCCACAUGAUGGAGAAUCCACCCCGUCCCUACGUGACCGUGGAUAUAACUUACAAAUACGUCCUCUAGGCAAACUCCUGGUCCUAUCGCACCUGGUGCCAUCCACAGCCAGAGCUGCUGCGCCAGCCUUGUCUCUGAGAGAUCUGAUCCCAUGGGCCAGCCCUGCCCAGGUGCCUACGCUGUCCCAUGCAGCUUGCCGCCUGCUGGGGAGGUGGCUAUAGGCACACGUGUGUGAACAACGCACGAGUGGGGAGAGAGCAAUAGCUCCAAUCUUGGCUCUCCCUAUCCUGCAGCCUGUUGCGUUGAGUUCACCCUGGUGGCGAUGGAGGGCGGAGGUGGGAGUAGCGGAACCAGUGCCCAUGCUGGUGGUUACUGGAGCUGUGGAUGGUCAAAUGCAGAAGCACUGGCAUCUUGGUGGGAGGGCAGGGCAGUGGGCUUGAUGAGCAGCCCGCAGCGGGGAGCAAGGGUGAACUUCGCUGCUAGUGCGUGGGGCGUCUCUGGCAGGAGGCAGAUGCUGCUGUCUUUCUGCUUGCUUUGCUAGAGACGACACAAAGAAACACCGUCCUGCCUUUCUCAGUCGUGUGCUAUCUUGGGGUGCAGGGCUUGGGGGUUUGGCACAUGGCGCCUCUGGGUAUGACCGAGGCCUGUGCACAGAAUCUCUCUCUGUAUGACUCUCCGGGGGCUUAAAACCACCCAAGAGGCCUUUUACUGUAAGGAAAAUCUGGCCUGGUGCAUUUCCACGCUCUUCCCACC